AUGCACCGGUAUUUUUUACAGGAGCAGUGUCGGCAAAUAUGCAAACAAACUACUGACAAACCAACACAAAUUCCUUUGGUGGAAAAUGUCACCGCAGCUAAUGUCACCCUCCAGUGCAAAGAUGUUGAUCGUUUAGUGCUGAAGCACAACGUUGGGAUUUACGUGAUCGAAAAGAGGAAAAAUCGUCGGAUCGUUUGGAGUAAUCCCGUUGUAAGUAGAGACGGGUUCGUUGAAUUUUCAAAGUUACAGUCGGGAACUCGGUAUCAGUUUCGGGUCCGUGAAAUCACAGCGGAAGGAGUGGCAGCGGCUGAAACAACAAAAUGGUUCGAAACCCAUGCAGAUGGUUACAUCCCAGCAGCAGUGAAUAAUGUAUCCAUCGGUAAUUUCAAAGUGAACAAGAACAAACCUGGUCGCAUGCAAGCUCAUCUGAGCAUUGAGCCCGCCGAUGACCGAAACUGCUUGUACGACGUUGUGUUUUGGUCAGGUAGACACAACUUGCAUCAAUAUCGAGUUGACGCGAUUCGGCAAUUUGGCUUAAAAUUGGAGUACGUCGAUUACAACAGCGACGACGUGGUGUACGUCAUUUCGAGAAACGAUGUAGGCGAUAAACAAAGUGAAAACUUCACCCUGACAUUCAGGACUCCCUCGUGCUUGGACAUUCAAUACGAUUUGACCGUUUGUGCCCCACCUCGGGUGACGGGUUUGCGAGUAAUCUACACCGAGUCAGCAGAGAUGAACCCGGCAUAUUUCCGAGUCGCUUGGGACAAACCAACAUUACUGCCCGAUAACUACACGGUCAUCGUUGAACCUAUGGACAGCGAUAAUUUUGACUCUGUAGACGUCACUGUCGCCGGGAACCAAAGCACGGCAGACGUGCAGAUCGGAGUUGCCUCGAGCCGUCGUUACAGAAUAGGAGUGGUCGCCGAGUCCGCCGGAGGCUCGAGCUUCCAGUCGACACUGUUCACGAAAAGUGACCAACCAAUCGGGGCAGUUGAGUUUCAAGUCGUCAUACCGAUUGUGAUAGUUACGAGUCUUUCGAUGUGCCUGACGAUCGCGUACUUUUACUACCGGUCCAAGAUAAAUGUGGCGAAAACUCUUUGCAAGUACAGCGUGUUCGAGGGGAUGGAUCGAAAAGGUACUUUCGACGACGCGAUUGCUCCUCGAAAAUCCUUAUCGUCGACGCGGUUUUACGUGAACGACGUGAAAGUCAAAGACAAGUUUGAGAUACCACUGGAUCGGUUGACGAUCAAAACAGCCCUGGGCAGUGGAAUCGGUGGCCUCGUUAAAUUAGCUACCCUCCAAAACGGCCGUGGCCAAUCGGUUAACGUUGCCGUCAAAAUGCUGCGGGACGAGGCAAGUGAAAACGAUCUGAAGAGUUUUCAACGGGAAAUUUCACUAAUGAAAUCAAUCGGCAAUCACAAAAACAUCGUUUCUUUGAUCGGGUGCUGCACUCUGGACAAGAGGCCCCUGCUGAUCGUCGAGUACUGCGACAGAGGAGACUUGCAAACGUAUUUGAGAACGAUUCUGUCGGAUACGGCGAUGGACAUAUUCAAGAGUAAGAAAAUACAGAGCCAAGCGGACGCUUUGAGUUUUCCUCGGCAGGGCCAUCACAACGUGGGGUGGGCCAUCAACAACUACUUGUACGACAUCCAGCAAGAAGCGAUGAACGGGCACAACGAAGAUCUGCUCAACAUUGCUCGCCAAAUAGCUAACGGCAUGGAAUUCCUGUCGUCCAACCGAAUCGUGCAUCGCGACUUGGCCGCCCGGAACGUGCUUGUUUGUGCCGACAAGACGGUGAAAAUCUCUGAUUUCGGUCUCAGUCGCGACAUUUACCAGGAGAACGUUUACAAAAAACAGAGCAACGAUAAACUGCCCCUCAAGUGGAUGGCCAUUGAAAGCCUCGCGUACACCAUUUACACCACUUACAGUGACGUCUGGUCGUUUGGCAUUCUGCUUUACGAAAUAGUAACUCUAGGCGGCAACCCUUACCCAGAGUGGCACAGCAGCGAAAUUUUGCACCUUUUACAGUCGGGAUAUCGUAUGAAGAGGCCCUCCAGUUGUGGAUUUGAACUUUAUGAAAUAAUGCUCUCGUGCUGGCGUGAGAAUCCUUUAAACAGACCCACUUUCAGCCAGUUGAAGCGACAACUGGCAUAUUUGAACGUACUCAUCACUGGUGGUCAAGUGACAGCCGAUUGA